GUUGACAAAAAACGUACUUCCUGUUUCUAGUAAAACAUUUCGAGACAUGCAUAUCCACGAAGUGUUCAUAUGAAAAAUGAAGUCCCCAUGGAUGCCAUGCUGCCUAGGUCUACUGUUGUUGUUUGACGUGUGCAAUGCCUUGAAUGGUGACAAAAGGCCGAAUUUUGUCCUGAUGAUGGUCGAUGACUUGGGGAUUGGAGACUUGGGCUGCUAUAGGAACACUACCUUGCGGACCCCCAACAUCGACAUGCUGGCUCAGGAGGGGGUGAGGCUGACGCAGCACAUCGCUGCUGCCCCCCUCUGUACGCCCAGCAGGGCAGCCUUCCUGACGGGCCGAUACCCAAUACGAUCUGGUAUGGCCGGCCUUGGACGGUUAGGGGUUUACAUCAUCUCUGCUGCAUCUGGCGGUCUUCCCAGUGAAGAAGUCACCUUUGCCAAGGUGGCCAAACAACAGGGCUAUGAGACUGCUCUCAUAGGAAAAUGGCACCUUGGUCUUAACUGUGAGAGGAACGACGACUUCUGUCACCACCCCAGUGCGCACGGCUUCGACCACUUCUACGGUAUAACCCUGACCAACCUACGUGACUGUCAGCCCGGCCACGGCUCCGUCUUUACCAAUGUCCAAGCACACAUACCCUUCAAGACCCUGGGAGUGGGUGUGGCUACCGUGACCCUCCUGCAUGCGAGGGGUGUGGUCACCGUGCGGAGGAAGUUGGUGCUGAGCGUGGUGGCGUUGGUGGGCGCGGCGGCGGCGAUCUUUGGCACAUUCGUCGCCACGUUCCCCUACUUCAACUGCUUUUUGAUGAGGAACCGGGAAGUGGUGGAGCAACCGUACGUCUCGGAGAACCUGACCCAGAGAAUGACAGAUGAAGCGGUGGACUUUUUAGAAAGGAACUCUGCACUACCCUUCCUGUUGUUCUUCUCCUUCAUCCAAGUGCACACGGCCAUGUUUGCAUCGCCAGCCUUCCAGGGGACCAGUCAGCACGGUAUCUAUGGAGACGCCGUCCACGAAGUAGACUGGAGUGUAGGUCAGCUCAUGCAGACUCUGGACCGGUUGAACCUGAGGGAGAACACACUGGUUUACCUGACCUCAGACCAGGGGGCGCACCUUGAGGAGAUCUCAGUCCGGGGGGAGGUUCACAGAGGCUGGAACGGGAUAUACAAAGCCGGGAAAUCCACCAACUGGGAGGGGGGGAUCCGAGUUCCAGGACUGCUCCGUUGGACUGGGAUGUUACCUGCAGGGAAAGACAUUGAUGAACCCACCAGCAACAUGGACAUCUUCCCUACUGUGGUGAAUCUAGCCGGAGGGACGGCACUGGGGGACAGAGUGAUAGACGGUCAUGACCUCAUGCCCCUGCUGCAGGGGAAAGUUGAGAGAUCAAAGCACGAGUUCCUCUUCCAUUACUGUAACGCCUACCUCAACGCUGUCAGGUGGCAGCCUCCCAACAGUUAUUCAAUAUGGAAGGUAUUCUUUUUCACUCCGGACUUCUACCCCGAGAACGGGACAGCCUGCAUGCAUACCCAUGCCUGUUUCUGCACCUCAUCCUACGUGACCUACCACGACCCCCCUUUGCUCUUUGACCUCUCCCGCGACCCCUCGGAGACCACGCCCCUGACCCCAGACACGGAACCUGCCUUCCACUCGGUCCUGGAGGAGAUCCGGGCUGCGGUGGCUCUCCAUAAGGAGUCCAUCACCCCCGUUCCGGACCAGCUCACCCCGGGACAUGUCCUAUGGAAGCCCUGGCUGCAGCCCUGCUGCUCUUCCCUGUCCCAGCUCUGCAGGUGUGAGAGAGAUGGUGGGAGACGGGGCCACCGGGGCACUGCGGCGGCAGAGGCAGACUCUCCACAGGACCAGCACAUCAUUGCUUAACACUGCUGGGAGGGUAACGUAGGAACCUAGAACCAAUCUUUUAGUAUGUAUGUAAACAAUCUGUGACAAGAGACUAAUGUCAGGGAAAAUACCCCCAUUUAAAAAUUUGAUUUCACCUUUAUUUAACCAGGUAGGCCAUUUGAGAACAAGUUCUCAUUUACAACUGUGACCUGGCAUUUUAACUGGGCUUGUGGGUAGAAGUGUAGAAGUGACCUGGAUCUACUUUACGUGUGUAUGUGACCACACUGGGUGAUCUGUAAUAACAGACAUUUUAGUAUUUGGCCUCUCAGGAACACAUCCAGUAAAUUGCGUUGCCUACGCUUGCUCCCUGAGGGGCUUAUGCAGAUGCUGCUAUUUGGACUAAAAUGUAUUUUAAAGCACUUUUUGACAAAUCUAUUAGUAAAAAAAAAAAAAAAAAAGCGCAAUAUGAAUCAAAUGUGAUUGUUGAGGCCAGUCCUCAUAUAUAAAGUAAAGAGUAUAUAUAGAGGAGAAACCUAUAGCACAUUGUACAGGAGAGGAGAGCAACUCGAUGCACUGAUUAGCACAAGGUCCACCUCAAGUUGGAGCAUUUCUGGUCUUAUUCUCCGGGGCACUACAAUAACCCUGUGUUACCCUUGUAGGGUACCGAUGGACAUUUAAUCACUGUUCAUCAUUUAGACUCUACAGGGAUCUCUGUGAAAGGCAUCUGCACAUCCAAGAAGCAAUGGAACUGAGUGGACAACCAACAUGAAAAGACAUGGUUGUAUUAACAAAUAGAGCUGUAUUAAGAUGUUCAGUAGAGCUGCCGUGUCUAAUGCCAGCAGUCAGUACAGAGUCAGCCAGAGUCCCUGAGUCACACACGGCUCAUCCCCCUGUGUCCACAGCCAGCAGUAAAUCUUCAUCACCCAGACUAGCUUUAAGCUUAGCUCUUCAUUUGAUCUCAGAUUUCAGUGACAUUUAGUUAAUAUGUAUCUUAUUCUCCCUUUAACUCCUAUAUCCAGCAGUCUAUUUGUCACAGACUACCAUUAGCAAAUCUCUGAAUAUUAAGGAGUGCUCUCUCCCCUGUUUAGUCAUUUAUAUGAUGGAUGCUGAAUGCUGAUAAAUUUUUGCUCGUUCUCACACACCCACUAUGCGUUGCAUUUUAUACCAUGUGUUAUUUUGUUACCACGUGUUCAUUUGUUUCAACACAUUUUUCUAAUGUAAAUGAAUAAUAAUGAUCUGAUUUGUGUGGGGUACCAGCUACAACAGCACUACUGUUGCUACCAAUAACUACCAGCACCAACUACAGAACUACAGCCACGAUCACUAGAGCUGAGAUUGAUAUUCUACUUGACUGGUAUUCGGACCAUGUGUAUAAAUCUAAUUAUUUUCCUCCAUCCAUGGCCCUGUGAUCACAGUGGCUGAUCAUUAUUGGAUCCGUCCACAACAGAGUUUGGCAGUGAUAGAAGCCAGCUGUUUAUCUCGUCUUUCACUCGGGUCUGCGUCCCAAAUGGCACUCUAUUCCCCACAUAGUGCACCACUUUUGACCAGGGCUCUGGUCAAAAGUAGUGCACUAUUUAGAGUGCCAUUUGGGAUGCAACCCCCGUGUGUUGGCUUGGCCACUGGUCCAUCACAUCCAGCCUCUCUGCCCCCGGAUGCCAGAGAAGUGGAGCGCAGCACAGGCCUGCCAAUGCACAUGUGCACCUCAGAGAUAGUGCACUAAAUAGAGAAUAGGGUGCCAUAUCUAAGACCUGGGCCCAUACAGUUGAAGUCGGAAGUUUACAUCCACUUAGGUUGGAGUCAUUAAAACUCGUUUAUCAACCACUCCACAAAUUUCUUGUUCACAAACUAUAGUUUUGGCAAGUCGGUUAGGAAAUCUACUUUGUGCUUGACACAAAUAAUUUUUCCAACUGUUGUUUACAGACAGAUUAUUUCACUUAUAAUUCACUGUAUCACAAUUCCAGUGGGUCAGAAGUUUACAUACACUAAGUUGACUGUGCCUUUAAACAGCUUGGAAAAUUCCAGAAAAUGAUGUCAUGGCUUUAGAAGCUUCUGAUAGGCUAAUUGACAUCAUUUGAGUCAAUUGGAGUACCUGUGGAUGUAUUUAAAGGCCUACCUUCAAACUCAGUGUCUCUUUGCUUGACAGAAAUCAGCCAAGACCUCAGAAAAAACAAUGUAGACCUUCACAAGUCUGGUUCAUCUUUGGGAGCAAUUUCUAAACACCUGACGGAACCACGUUCAUCUGUACAAACAAUAGUACGCAAGUAUAUACACCAUGGGACCACGCAGCCAUCAUACCGCUCAGGAAGGAGACGCGUUCUGUCUCCUAGAGAUGAAUGUACUUUGGUGUGAAAAGUGCAAAUCAAUCCCAGAACAACAGCAAAGGACCUUGUGAAGAUGCUGGAGGAAACGGGUACAAAAUUAUCUAUAUCCACAGUAAAACAAGGCCUAUAUCGACAUAACCUGAAAGGCCGCUCAGCAAGGAAGAAGCCACUGCUCCAAAACCGCCAUUAAAAACCCAGACUACGGUUUGCAACUGCACAUGGCGACAAAGAUCGUACUUUUUGGAGAAAUAUCCUCUGGUCUGAUGAAGCAAAAAUAGAACUGUUUGGCCAUAAUGACCAUCGUUAUGUUUGGAGGAAAAAGGGGGAGGCUUGCAAGCCGAAGAACACCAUCUCAACCGUGAAGCAUGGGGUUGGCAGCAUCAUGUUGUGGGGGUGCUUUGCUGCAGAAGGGACUGGUGCACUUCACAAAAUAGAUGGCAUCAUGAGGGAGGAAAAUUAUGUGGAUAUAUUGAAGUAACAUCUCAAGACAUCUGUCAGGAAGUUAAAGCUUGGUCGUGAAUGGGUCUUCCAAAUGGACAAUGACCCCAAGCAUACUUCCAAAGUUGUGGCAAAAUGGUAUAAGGACAACAAAGUCAAAGUAUUGGAGUGACCAUCACAAAGCCGACCUCAAACCUAUACAAAAUUUGUGGGCAGAACUGAAAAAGCGUGUGCGAGCAAGAAGGUCUACAAACCUGACUCGGUUACACCAGCUCUGUCAGGAGGAUUUGGCCAAAAUUCACCCAAUUUAUUGUGGAAAGCUACCCGAUACGUUUGACCCAAGUUAAACAAUUUAAAGGCAAUGCUACCAAAUACUAAUUGAGUGUAUGUACACUUCUGACCCACUGGGAAUGUGAUGAAAUAAAUAAAAGCUGAAAUAAAUAAUUUUCUUUAUUAUUCUGACAUUUCACAUUCUUAAAAUAUAGUGGUGAUCCUAACUCAGCUAAGACAGGGAAUUUUUGCUUGGAUUAAAUGUCAGGAAUUGUGGAAAAACUGAGUUUAAAUGGAUUUGGCUAAGGUGUAUGUAAACUUCCGACUUCAAUUGUAUGUCUCUGGUCAAAAGUUGCCCACUAUAUAGGACCAUAGGGCGUCAAAGUCCUAGGUUCAGGAUCGGGACAAGGGGGAGGAUGUUAUUCUUGAACUGAAUGUUUGUGUCACCUAGUGCAAUACUUACCCCACUCAGGCUUAUUUGAAUGGUACAAGUGCAACAGCAAUGUCUAGUAGGACAUCUGAUGAUCAUAUUGCUUACUUAGCUUUUUCAAAUGAAUGUAGCUGCCGGACUCUUCAGGACCUCUCACCGUCGAGGGAUUACGACAUAAAUGCAAGGGUUGCAAUCAUAAUGCACAGCCUUUAUCCAAUAAAUUGCACACACACGUAA